CGGUCAUACUUUUGACUCUGGUACAGAACUGACAUUUUUAUCAAAUAUUGUUAUAGGGAAAACGCAAAAAACGUUGCUAUUAUCGCAGCAUGUCCACCUCUUCGGCAAGAGACCAACCGGGAACCUCCCAGGAGACAUUCGAGGACUUUUACUCAGAAGUGAAAGAAAUUGAAAAACGUGAUUCAGUUUUAACUCCUUCUCAACAAAUUGAUCGUUUACUUCGUCCAGGUUCAACUUACUUCAAUCUCAAUCCGUUCGAGGUGCUCCAAAUUGAGCCCGAGGUCGAGGUGGCUGACAUAAAAAAACGCUACCGCACCUUGUCGAUCCUCGUCCAUCCAGACAAGAAUCCCGACAACCAGGAGCGCGCUCAAUUGGCAUUCGAUAUUGUGUCGCGUUCCUGGAAGAUCCUGGAGAACGAACUAACGCGUAAAAGGUGUCUGGAGGUGUACGAGGAGGCCAAGGGGCGAACGGAUCAAAUGAUUGCAGAAAAGCGAAAAAAGCUCAAAAAGGAGGGUCGGCCAAACGAGCCAAUACCCGAGGACGAUCCCACAAAGUACAAGCACGCCAUUUACGUGAUGGUAAUGAAGCUAUUCGCUGAUAUGGAACGUCGGCGCCAGAAGCUCGACCAGCGCGACCAGGAGGAGCGCAAGCGAAAGCGCGAAACGGAAAUUGAGGAGGAGGAGCGGGUAAAGGCGGAUCGUGAGUGGCAACAGAAUUUCGAGGAGUCGCGUCAAAGCCGAGUAAAUAGCUGGCAUGACUUCCAAUCAGGCGCAGGCAAGUCCAAGAAAGCCAAAAAACAAAAACAUAUGACUGGCAUGAUGGUGCCACCUAAGUUCAAGCCAGAGUCGCGAUAAUAUUGCUUCCCAGCGCGGCGCUGCUUCCUUCAUCAACGCCAGACCACCUCUGCCUGCCUCCCCGCGUCGCGUUGCUCAUAAAUAUUUUUACAUUUUUAUAUAAGUAUCCUUUGGAAUUGUAAUUGACACGUGCAUAAAGUAUAGAUAUAAGAAAUCACA